AUGUCUACUGGAGAAACUGGCCUUGAGGCCUGGUUGCGUUACGCUCCACUCCCCGCGGAUGCGGCCAAGCAAUAUCCGCAAUACACAGACAUUGUCGCAUUGACGGACUCCCAGUCCAGUCCCGUGUACACCGCAGGAAAGGAGCUUCAGGACGGCCUGAAGAAGAUUCUCAAUUUCAGCGCGAACCUCACAAACACAAUUGAUUCCUCGGAGUCGUUGUCACCCUCGGCGAUCGUGGUCGCCCCCCGGGAAACGUUCCCUUGGGGGGCUUUCCCGUCUCUCCAGAACGUCGAGGACCAAGUCUCUUCACUCAAGGACGAUGGAUUCUGGCUCGGGACUGUCUCGGGUGAGAAGGGGGAUAAGACACAGGUGGUGAUCGUGGGCCAAAAUGAACGAGGUGCCCUCUACGGUGCCAUGGAGUUUCUCAUGCGCCUGGCGCAGAACCAGCCCUGUCCCACCAGCUACGCCAGCAGCCCUAGCGCGCCGAUUCGAUGGAUCAACCAGUGGGAUAAUCUGGAUGGCUCAAUCGAGCGAGGCUAUGCUGGUCCCUCCAUCUUCUUCAAGGACGGAGCCGUCUUGGACGAUCUAACCCGAGUCGAGCAGUACGCGCGGUUGAUGGCCUCGGUGCGGCUGAAUGGAAUUGUCGUGAACAAUGUCAAUUCUCACUGCAACCUGUUGAACCCGUCCAAUCUGAAGGGUCUCGGUCGUAUUGCGGAUGCGAUGCGACCCUGGGGCGUGAGAAUUGGAGUGGCGCUGUACUUUGAUACUCCCAUCGAGCUGGGAGGACUCAAAACCUCGGACCCGCUCGACCCGGACGUGGUGGCCUUUUGGAACGAUAUCACCACGCAGUUGUACCAGAAUGUGCCGGAUAUGCUGGGAUAUCUGAUCAAGGCCAACUCGGAGGGGCAGCCUGGUCCAUUGACUUACGGCCGUACCCUGGCCGAGGGAGCCAAUCUAUUUGCCCGGGCCUUGAAACCUCACGGCGACGGGAUUGUGAUGUACCGCGCCUUUGUCUACAACCACCACCUCGACGAGUCCAACUGGAAGAACGACCGCGCCAACGCGGCGGUGGAAUUCUUCGACGGCCUGGACGACGUCUUUGAUGAAAACGUCUUGGUCCAAAUCAAGUACGGCCCGAUCGACUUCCAGGUCCGCGAGCCGCCCUCGCCUUUACUGGCACACCUGCGCCGAACCCGAACCAUCAUUGAGUUCCAGGUCGCCCAGGAGUACAUGGGCCAGCAAAGUCAUCUCUGCUAUCUCGCCCCCCUGUGGCGGACCAUCCUCGACUUUGACCUGCGCAUCGACGGAGAGCCGUCCCUGGUGAAAGAUGUCGUGUCUGGCGAGCGAUUCAACUGGAAAUACAGCGGAUACGCCGCCGUGGUCAACGUCGGCAACGACUCGACCUGGCUGGGCAGCCACCUGGCCAUGUCCAACCUGUACGCAUACGGCCGCUACUGCUGGGACCCAUCCAGCGACGAGGCCGCCGUCGUGCAAGACUGGGCACGUCUCACUUUCGGGCUGAACCCCACCGUGGUCGACACGAUCACGCAGCUGUCGAUGGAGUCCUGGCCUACCUACGAGAACUACUCGGGCAACCUGGGAAUUCAGACCCUGUGCGAUAUCGUGAAGACCUGCCACUAUGGUCCCAGUCCCGCCGCGAUGGACGGCAACGGCUGGGGUCAGUGGACACGGGCCGACGCCCAUGCGAUCGGCAUGGAUCGUACCGUCGCCACGGGCACGGGGUACUCGGGGCAGUACCCGGCGGAGGUGGCCCGGGUCUUUGAGCACCCGGAGACCACACCGGACGAGCUCCUGCUCUGGUUCCACCACGUACCAUACACCCACCGCUUGAAAUCCGGCAAGACGGUGAUCCAGCACUUCUACGACGCGCACUACGAAGGUGCACAGAAUGCGCAGACAUUCCCUGUCCGCUGGGCCGCACUGCGCGGGCUCGUCGACGAGCACCGUUUCCAGCACAUCCUCUUCCACCUGACGUACCAGGCUGGCCACGCGCUCGUCUGGCGAGACUCAGUCUGCACCUUUUACCAUGCCAAAUGUGGGAUCCCUGAUGAGCACAACCGCGUCGGCAACUAUCAAUGGCGCGUCAAGGCCCAGGACAUGCACUUGAGCGGGUACAAAGUGGUUCCCGUGCGGCCGUUUGAAGCCGCCUACGGCGCAGAAGCCAUCAUCACCGAGUCCAACACCGCUUCCGGCACCGCGACUUGGCCUGUCACGUUCCCGGCCGGAACAUACAAUGUGGCGGUGAACUAUUAUGAUCAUCUGGGCGGCACAUCUCGGUAUCAACUCUUCCUGGGCAGUGGAUCGGACGAGGGAAAGAAGCGACUCGUGGGUGAGUGGGCGGGCGAUUUGGGCCAGCACCUGCUGCAUGACUUUUCCGAUCUGCGCGACGGACAUUCAAACACUCGCAUCACUUUCAAGGACGUGCGGGUGGAAGGUGGCGAUGUUUUGACGAUUGUGGGCGCACCGGAUGGAGAGGAGCUGGCGCCUAUCGACUAUGUCUCAUUCCUUCCGGAUGGCAUCAUUGAUUAG